AUGACUUUUUUUCAAAUUUAUCUGUUUGUUUUAAUCGGUAUUUGCGCUGGGAGUAUUCCGCUUAACAUUCUCGAAGGAGAUUGGACUGUGAGUGGGAUGUCAGUGUUAAAAGAAACUGGUACAUUAAUUCAUCGUUAUGACACGACGCACACCACCGCAAAGACGACGGAGAGCCACAUGACAAUGUACAACAAAGAGAAAAACGCGACGUUCUCUUUGUACUCAAUUAACUCAACCUCAUUUUUAUUCGAAGCACAAACAAAGCAAGAGGAUUCCCUGCUCUUUAAUUACCCAUUUAUUUUCUCUGUAUUCCCGUAUAGUAAUCUUUUCUUCUCUUCGUUUCAAGGGUGGAACAAUACAUGGAUAGACUUGGUGUUAACAAAUCAUGCAACGACACUGACGAUAUCCGCUUACACUAACAACUCGAUCACACUCAUCGUCGCAGUAAAGGAAAUUAAGGACGAAAGAUCUUUUUUAAAAAGAAAUUACCUCCUUUUUUUGGUCGGGAUGUACCUCCUUUUGUUUAUCCUUCCAAAUUACCUUUUAACUUCGCUCAAGAAAUGA